ACCAAAAAGAUAGCUAUCGGGCAAUUUCUGUCAUAUUUUACCGCCACUUUGCUUAUUUGUUCCACCAUGACGUCCAAAACAUGCACAUAAAAUUUCCCUUUUAUUUCAAAAGUCUGGUAAAUGUUCUUUUGUUUGGUUGUAUAGGUAACCGGACUUUGAUCACUGGGAACGUGUACGCUGUCACUCUGCACGGCUGCAAAUAUGAUAUCUCAUCUCAGGAACGUACUGCGGAAAAGCCCUUACCUGACGAGUGUGGGACUAUACACUAUCCUGUACACCGGAGCGGACGUCAGUAAUCAGCUAUGGACCUUCCAUUUCGACAAGAAGGUCACACACGAACACUCAGCCUUUUCACUCGAUCUCGGAAGGACCGCUAGAAUGGGCGUUAUAGGCUUCGUGUGUUUGGGCAAUUUCAAUUACAGGUGGAUCCCGUUCUUAGAGAGGAUGUUUCCUGGUGCUACUGUUCGUAAAACCGCCGCCAAGGUGCUCGUGGAUCAGGUCAUAGCAGCCCCUCUUCUUAUCACGGCGUUUUAUGCAGGACUCAGGGUGCUUGAGAGGAAGCCUGAUGUCUUUGCAGUUGUGAGAGAGAAAUUCGUGGAUACUUACAUGACAGGAAUGAUGUUCUGGCCAGCAGCUCAGACGAUCAACUUCUACCUGUUGCCUGUACAGUAUCGUGUGAUCUUUCUAGGAGUCUGUUCAUUCACCUGGGCUAAUAUUAUGUGCAUUAUGAAGGCAAGGGCAGAACAGGAAAUGCUGGACACAGAUGCUGGGAAGCAACAAGAUUGAUGAUGAGGUCAUGGAUGCAAAAUAAGGUUAUUAACAAGAUGACUACCAAUCCUACCUCAGUAAAAAUGGGGCUUUACUGAUAUUAGUAAACAAGAAUUUUAAUUCACUCAAAACCGAUUUAUGGUGAGGGUACAGAUUGCAUGUUGUCUCAGGUGUUUUAUUGUGUAUGACUAUGUUUUAUAUUCAAAGGAAUGACGAUUCUUCUUCUUCUUAAAUCUACAUUUUGGAUGAUAUCUUUUAUAAAGGAUGCUUUUAUGUCAGCUGUUUUUGGUGAUGUGUAGAAUGUUUAGCAGGAUGUUUAUUAAGAAGAUUGAUAUAAGAUUGAUUUCUAUUUCUUGCUGCUAAUAUGAAGUAAAUUGUGUGAUAUGAUUCAAAUUUCUUUACGUCUUUACGAUAUCUGAUUAUCUCAAAUUUCUGAUUAAAGGAUCUAAUGUAUUGUACAUUUGACAUUGGGAAAGUACAUGUUGUAUUUGCAAUAUAAGUCAGCAGCGUGACAAGUAUGGAUUAUCAAAAUCAUAUCCAAUGGUUUAUUUAAACUUUGCACUUAAUGUCACCAAACUUGUAUGUAGCAUACACCAAAAUGAACUCUUCAAACAACACUCGAAUGAACAUUGCAAAAUGGAUCACACUAUAAAGAAGUGCACUAAGUUAUCAUGUGAUGUAAGUAACAAUACAUGAUGCAGACAACUUACAUGAAAAAGACUGAAAUGUAACAAUAUCCUUAUUCCAACUUUUUGAGCCUCAUUGAAUUUAGAUAUACUAUCUUAUAUGCAUGAGCAUAUUAAUUUUUAGAUACUAAGCAUAUCUUAUAUAAGCAUAUUAAUAUUCACUCUUAACUCAGCAGCCAUAACUAGAGAAUUUACACAUUCAGUUGUUUUUCCCACAUGACUUACACUUGGACUUGGGAAAGGUUUCACUGAAGAAAAUUGUUCACAUCUUUGCACUGUUUGGCAAUGUCAUGCAUAAAUCAUCUAUCUG